AACAAAUUAUGGUGUCGUUUAGCGAUUCCAUUAUUAUGGGAAGAUCCUUUUUCAAUUCCUACAAAAAAUUAUAACUUUAUUAAAAUAUACUUACAUAAUUUAAAUGAUGAUGAUUUUAACACAAAAUUAGAUGAAUAUAAAAUUGUUAAUAAUUCAUUACCUUCGAAUAUACUGUUCAAUUAUCCCAGAUUUUUAAAAUAUUUGAAUAUAUAUGAAUUUAUUUAUUUAGUUGAGAAGUGGUUUAAAUCUGCUACUGGUAUACGUAAACAACUAGCAACGACUGAUUUUGAAAAAUUGAGAUUUAUAUGUGUAUCAAUAUUUAGAAUUAUUAUUAUUGAAAAUGAAGUAAAUUUACAUACUCUUGAAAUUGAAAAAUCUGGUUUUGAUUAUUAUCUUGCAUGUAUUGGUAAUAUUCUUGAGUUAAUUUUAAAAAAUCCAAAUUUCAUUCAUCAUAUUAGAAAUUUAAACCUUUAUUUUGGUAAUUCUUAUGUUGGCAGUA